AGAUGUAGCAAUAAUAAUAACACUCCUUUAUCCCUGUUACAUCUACAUACAUAUAAAACUUUUCUUUCUCUUCUGCUUUCCCCUUCUUCCCAUUAUCUAACUUGGUGAAGGAAAAGAAGGGGAGGUGUACGAGCGUUUCUGUUACUGAUUUCUCUUCUCUUCUCUCUCUUUCAUUCAAGACUUCUUAUUUUAAAAGGGAAAAAAAUCCGCACAGCCUGUCGUGUUACUCGGUGUGCAGCGAGCGUACUCUUCGUUUGCUUUUCUGUUCUUCUCUUCUGUUCUUGUCACCUCCAACCAGCAAAAACAGAAAAGGAUUUAUCUAACUCAAUACGGUGUUGUGGUCAUUGGUGUUGGGGCAAGAUUGUUAAGUUUCGCAGUUACGUGUACUCCCUUCUUUCUCGUUCUGUAUGUGUGUGUUGUUCUGCUUUCUACAGACAACGCAGUGUGUUUUAUAAGGAAACCAUUUUCUUCUUUAGUACUACUAUUGCAUGUAUAUUUAUAUGUCCGUGCUCAGUGCGCACCGCAGCUCCCUCGUGGAUUAAUUCGUUCUUCUUCUGACGGGGAUUCUUCUUGCGGCUCUCAUUUUGUUCCCCUGUACGCAUCGUUAUAUAAGUGUAUAUAUAUAUAUAUAUAUAUUUUCGCUUCACCUCCUUUCUUUAGAAAUGAAGAUCCUACAAAACUCCACCGGCUACUUCGCCGAGGAUGAGCAGAACAACACGCGCCACGCCCGGCGCUACCGCGUCUACCUCAUCAUCCUCGCCGUGUGGGUCGCCCUACUCGUUAUCCUGGCGGCGGUGCUCACGCCGAUGCUGGUGCUGCAGCACCAGGACAACAACGCGGAGAAGGCCUCCCGGGAAGCAGAGAACGAACUCGCGGGCAACUUGACGACAGAGUUCCGCGACGCCGUGCUGAACGCGAUCUCCGCCGUCUACGGCAUCCAGGGCUUCAUCAUGGGCGAGAUGAAGACGCUGCCCAACAUCACCGGCACAAAGAAGGAGCGGGUGACGGGGCAGUUCUUCGCCAACUUCUUCCGCUACGCCAAUUUGGUGAACUCCUCCGCGGCGAGCAUGGCCGUCUUUCUGACCGCCCCGGGCGGGGUCACCUACCAGUUCUUUCCCUCCGAGUACGGGAUACUGUUGCGAAACUGGGACUUGCUGGACGAGGACAUGUACGGGCCAUCGGGCACGUGGUACGACCCGGCGGCGCAGCGGCCGUCGCCGUGGGACUCGAUUCAAACCGGCAGACUCGCCAUCUCCGGCCCCUACAUGACCAGCCGGCUUCCCUUUGUGGAAAGCAAGGCGCGCCCCAGGAACACGACAUCCGGCACGUCGCACCCGACCAAGACGUGGUGGGUGGACUUCCGUCAGCCCGUCUACCAGCCCAACGCCCACGCAACGGUCUCCAUUUCGAACUUCUGGGGCUUCGCCAUGGCCGCCCUCAACGUGGAUAACCUUUUGGAAGACAACGACUUUGAGAAGAAGAUGCGCGCGAACAGCAUGAACUACACCGUCUUCACGAGCACCAAGUCGCAGGACUGCAUCACGAUUGUGUCCUCCUGGCCAGAUGAGCCGGACUGCAGCGUGCCGUUCAUACGCAACUUCAUUAACACCGCCUCGGUGCACGACGUGCUGGGCGAUCAGCUGGCGUGGAAGGUUGCGGUGAAGAGUGCGGUGCGCGAGAACCGGCUGACGGAGCACGUGCGGGUCGCGAUCGUCCUGUCGUCCGUCUUCGGCACGGUGCUCAUCUUCACGAUCAUGGUAUACAUCAUCGUCCUCUGCACCCGCGUCUACGACGGCACCGUGCACGCCCCCAAAGGGGCGCCCUUCGCCAUGCUGACCGUUGGCCUCUGCCGCGGCGAGGAGCUGUGGGAGCUGGCGUCCGAUCAGAUGGUGGAGGUGAAGGAGCGGCUGGUCAAAGUUCUGGCCCGGCAGAUGCAGCGGCAUCACGCCUACCAGAUCCAGCAGGUGCACCCCCUCACCCAAUCCUUCGUCACGCACAGCGUCUCUGCGGCGGUGCAGAUGGCCUUCGACGUCAUCGAGGAGCUGCAAAGCAACCCCAUCGACGGCGUGCUGCAGCGCCUGCUGGGCGACGACGGCCACCUUCUGCUCUCCUAUGCGGUGCACUGGUGCAACGACGCGGUGGUGCGUCCCGAGCACCUGGAGGGCGGCUACCGCUACGAGGGCCCGGACGUGGUGUACGGCGGCCGCAUGUGGGUCUUCGCGGCGCCGAACGUCGUGACGGUGUCGCCGGCCGCCCUGCACGCUGCGACGCACAUCCCGCACGUGCAGUGCAAGCUGUUCGACUCCGUCUUCCUGCGUGGCGUGGCGGAGCGGCAGGACCUCUACGUCCUCUCCGACCCAACGAACCACCGACUGAGCGAAGCGGAGGUGUUCGCGGUGGAGCAGGUGCGGCGGGCCCGCCAGGCGCAGCGCGAGAUAGCCGAGAUGAAGAACAGCGACGCCGACCCGCACAAGCGCCGUCUUACUCGCUCCUCCAACCAAAGUGGCUACGACAGCAGUGACCUCGACGUCGGGUCUUUUGCGGGCCGUCCACGGCUAACGGGCACGGUGGGCGGUGGUGAGGGUAACUGGGCGACGUCGAGCGCGCACAGCAACCCCGCCAGCAACAGCGAUCCCUGCUCUCCGUCGUCCCCCCUGCGCUGCCGGGCGGCGGCGGCGGCGGCGGCGAAGACAGGGAAGAGGGAAGGUGCGAUCGGCGUCACGGCUGUGAACCCGACGUCCGUCCUUGUUCCGUCGUCAUCAGCGGAGGCGGCCACCAACCCGUUUGUGUACGUUUCGGAUACGACCGCCGCGGCGGCGGCGGCGGUGGUGGUGCUGGAGAAGCCUCAGGAGCGACGACUGGUGCGCCGGCCCAGCGGCCACGGCGACACUUCGUCCAGCGAUGAGGACAAGAUGAGCUCGGCCACCGCCUCCACCGUCCACGACGACGACUACAACGAGUUGGGUGUGGCGGACAAAAUAACGGUAGGCUUAGUGGGAAACCGCGGUGAUAGAACAGGACUGCCGAGACAGAAGCCGGCCACGCAGACCGCCCGUGUGCCGACGGUGCCGUAUGCAACACACAUUCCCGUACCGCCAGCCCUGCCCCCGAUCUCCCCCGCGUACCGACCCGUCGCGUACACGGCAGCCGACGCCGCUGCAGAGGAGGAGGAAACGCCGCAGCAGACGCCGUUGCCGGGCAUGCGCUCGAGACGCGCCCUGGACACGUUAUACACCGGCGUUGGUGGCGAGGCGAACGCGGGGAAGCCGCUGGUCGUGGUGCCGCCCUCCGCGAAGUUAGCCGGCGAAACGGCAGCCUCCGGUGACCGCGGUGCCACCUCGAGGUCGUCCUCCAGCACACCGUCGUCGGACGGCGUCGUCGGGCACGGGCGCCGCGGCAACGUCGGCCCCGCCUCCUCCUACGACAACCCGCUCGCCCACAACCUCGCUGCGGGGGCCACCGCAACAGCAGCAGCCGCAGCGGUACACGCUGCAGCACAGGACGGUGCACCGCUCGACAGCUGUGCACCAGCAGCCUCGGCGCUGCGUGGUGCCACGGUGCCCAUCGCGAGCGACGGCGACCCGCUCGCCGACAGUGAAGUCUCGCUCGACACGUUCAGCAGCGACCUGCUCCUCCGGCCCGCCAUCACGGUACAGGCGGACCAUCUCCUGCGGACGGUCUUCGACCGGCAGGCGGUCGCCCUCGACGUCAGCUACGAUUCGGUGCGGGUGCUCGUGUACUACUUCUACUCGAGCUACAAGAUUCUCUUCCGCCCGCUGGCGGCCCCGGAGCGGCACAACAUCUACCGCCGCCUGGUGACUGCGUUUGGGGUGCCGCAGCAGGGCAUCCUCGAGCACCUCGCCGCGCGGUGCGCCAUCCGCUUCCUGCAGCGGCACGACGAGACGCAGACGCUCCUGUGGGAUCAGCAGCGUCGUCUGCAGGCACACGCACGCGCCGCCAGCGUUCCCACGGCGACGACCUCCACGAGUGUGUCGGACGACGCGGGUGGCGACAGCUCCAAUUAA